AAAACCCCGCUUUAUUUGCAACACACGGAUGAUGCUGCUGUUGCUGCCACGCCACCCGGAUCGGACACCCUCACAAGCGGAAUUAUUACUAAUAGCUGCGCUUAUGUAAUCAAUACACCGGAUUGCUUUGGGGAAAGAAAACAGCAUCCCGUGGAUCCUUCCCUUUCUACUUGAUAGAAAAUACUGUAUGCCAUAUGCUCUGCGAUUUUUUUAGAGCAGCCUAUGGCAACCCAUUUGUCCUGAUGCGACGCGUGUGAUGGUUGCAGUGGGACGGAUAUCCUUAAUUUUAUCCAAUAGGCGUUCUCAGGGUUUUUUGUAGGACGCUUCUGCACCCCUUUCUGUACUGACCUUAACAAUGCUUUAAAUAGGUAAUGAAUUGUCAUGUCUGUCCACUGCUCUUUUUAAUUUGUUUGGAGUAAAUUAUCCGCGUAAAAACAGCUUGGCUGCUACAUCCAUCAGACUAAAUCUACUUUGGGGGUAUUUUUUAUGUUUUUGUUUUUUUGGAUUUUUUGAAACCACCGGUGGGAGUGAUUUUGGACUGGUUUUGGGGGGAAAAGAAGGGCCUAUACAGACUUGAUCCCCCCCAUCAAAAACUCUGCAGGAUUUUCUCCUCCUCAGUCCAGAGGAAUAUCUUCAAGUCUAGGGGUUACUGCUGCUCCUCUGAGGGCUUUCAUCGGCGCUCAUUACAUCCGAGGGAAUGGUGGCCGCACCGCAGAUCCACGCAACUCUUUCUGAAUGUUUGGCAUUUUUCGCAGGCGAGCAUCUUGACUUGUGAUCGAGAGAGACGCGGACUGCAGCAGCCUCCGAUCCCUUUCACAUGGAGAUUUGUGCCUCGCUCGUACUGCAAAUCUUGAAAACGGGCACCGGGGCCCUGCUGGUUUUUCCUCCACUGCUCUCAUCCUCGAUUUCAUUUAUUCGAGAAAAUGCAGAACAAAAACAGCAGAUGAACUAUGAAUGCUGAACACAAUGAUCUCCUCCCUCCAGCGCCAGACAAUGAGAGGUCGUAGGCUGAAGGGGGCGCUGUCCAACCCCCUCUUUGUGGUGCUUUUGGCCCUCCAGAUCCUGGUGGUGGCUGGGCUGGUUCGUGCUCAGACAUGUCCCUCUGUCUGCUCAUGCAGCAACCAGUUCAGCAAAGUCAUAUGCACCCGCCGCAGUCUACGGGACGUCCCAGAUGGCAUUUCCACCAACACUCGCUACCUGAACCUCCAGGACAACCUCAUCCAGGUGAUCAAGGUGGACAGUUUCAAACAUCUGCGCCAUCUGGAGAUCCUGCAGCUGAGCAAGAAUCACAUCCGCAGCAUUGAGAUUGGCGCCUUCAAUGGACUGGCCAGUCUCAACACCUUGGAGCUCUUUGAUAAUCGGCUCACGACAAUCCCCAAUGGAGCAUUCGAGUACUUGUCCAAGCUUAAGGAAUUGUGGCUACGUAACAACCCCAUCGAAAGUAUACCAUCUUAUGCCUUCAACCGGGUCCCCUCGCUUCGAAGGCUGGAUCUAGGUGAGCUCAAACGUCUCUCCUACAUUUCUGACGGAGCCUUCAAGGACUUGAGCAACCUGCGCUACCUGAACCUGGGAAUGUGCAACCUCAAGGAGAUCCCCAACAUCUUACCGUUGGUCAGGCUUGAAGAGCUAGAAAUGUCAGGAAACCAGCUCUCUAUUGUGAAGCCCAGCUCGUUUUUAGGAUUGGUGAACCUCCAGAAGCUGUGGAUGAUGCAUGCCCAGAUCCAAACCAUUGAAAGGAAUUCCUUUGAUGACCUUCAGUCGUUGGUGGAGCUCAACCUGGCUCACAACAACCUUACCUUUCUACCACAUGACCUCUUCACACCGUUACAUCGCCUGGAGCGGGUCCACCUCCAUCACAACCCUUGGAACUGCAACUGUGAUAUCUUGUGGCUCAGCUGGUGGCUGAAGGAGACCGUACCUGCCAAUACCAGCUGCUGUGCCCGUUGCCAUUCUCCUGCAGUCUUUAAAGGUCGCUACAUUGGGGAACUGGACCACAGCUACUUCCAGUGUGAUGUCCCUGUCAUUGUUGAGCCACCCAGUGACUUGAAUGUGACUGAAGGCAUGGGUGCAGAGCUUAAAUGUCGUACAAGCUCGCUGACAUCCAUCAGCUGGCUGACGCCGAAUGGCUCGUUGGUGACACAUGGGGCGUAUAAGGUGCGUUUGUCUGUACUCAAUGACGGGACACUGAACUUUACAAGCGUCACAAUGCAGGACACUGGGACUUAUACCUGUAUGGUGAGCAACACAGCGGGCAACAUUUCUGCCUCUGCUGUGCUUAAUGUCACUUCAGUGGAAAACAGCGGGGUGACCUAUUUUACCACAGUCACUGUGGAGACCAUUGAGACCCCGGGGGAUGAUAGUCAAACGCCACUUCCCCCAUUUGGCUGGGUGUCAUCCUCGACAACAAAAGGUACUCCAAUUUCAACAAGGACCACAGAGCGGACUUACACAAUUCCAGUUCUUGAUCUGGAUGGAGAGGGAGCCCUCAAUGGCCUGGAUGAGGUGAUGAAAACCACCAAGAUUAUCAUUGGCUGCUUCGUGGCCAUCACGCUUAUGGCUGCUGUUCUGCUGGUUAUUUUCUACAAGAUGAGGAAGCAGCAUAACCAGCAGGAUCCUGACGGCCCUGCCUCCUCCAUGGAGGUCAUUACAGUUGAAGAAGAGCUGGCAGGUGUUGCGGCCAUGGAGAGACACCUAUCGCUGCCCCCUCUGGAGCACUACAACCACUACAACACCUACAAGAGCACUUACCACCAUGCUCCAAUGCUCAGUACCAUACACAGCUCAGCCACACAGGAACCUUUACUGAUUCAAGCCUGCUCAAAAGACAAUGUACAAGAGACCCAAAUCUGAUCUUGAAUUUGACUAAACAUCCAGUAUCAACAGUUUCAUACUUGGAGUACAAUGGACCAAAACAUCAAGAUAAAAGAGGUCAAAGUGACAUUGACAUGACAGAGUCGAUGUUCAUAAUGGCGAUAAAUCAGCAUUUGGCAAAGGGACGACAUAUGAUACUUUAACAAGUGUCUUUACAAAAACAAAGAUUAUUUAUUAAAAGUAUGUCUAGUGGCUAAAUGAAGAAAAACAAUUUGUGAUAGCUUUUUAGCUCCUUUUAUUUCUCUCUCUAUCUCUCUCUCUCUGUAAUACUGCACAAGGGAAAGAAUGGUUUACAAGAAGUGAACAUGGAAUGUAUCUAAUGCAGCUCGUGAAAACCGCUGUAGAAACAAAAAUGAAUGCAAUGCCAUUAAUUUAAUAUGUUGAUUUUAAGAGCAUUGCUUUAGUAUUUAGAAGCAUUUAAAAAAGCAUUUAUUUGCUCGUUUUUCCAACAUAUCACAUCUAGUUCGGCGGAGGUUUAUAAGAGACGGGACAUAAAAUGGGUUUAUGUCAUUGCCAUCAAAUUCUAACUGUCACUCAAGACAAAAAUGAGAUCUUUUAAUGACAGAGCUCUGGAUGAUAUCACAGUGAAGCCAGUGUGCCUGAGGAGCAGAGCAGCCGAAUGAGUAACCUUGCAUUCCCCCUGUGGCUCCUAAACAACAGCCAUACAUCCUUCACUUUAAUUAAGAUUAAGUUCUCGCUCCUACUCCUCCACCUACCUUUUCUUUACACUUCAACCUUUACUACUGCUCUCCUUCUCCUCCUCCUCUUUUCUUCUUCUAUCUCCUGACUUCUCCAUCUUCCCUGCUCUCUCCCCCACUCCGUCGUGUCCUCUCACUUCUUUGAUUGUCUCUCUGUCACAAAGCUCCGGCACGUUCCUCACCCCUCGCCAUGUCUCAUUUGUCUCGCUUUAUCCGCCGGCAUGUGCUGCACGACGGCGGAAUAUUGCUUGAGAAAAUGAAGGGGAGCAUACGGCUGCAGUCUGUAGCUUCCCUGUUAACCCAGUAAUGAUCUACGUCCACUCAGUGUCGCGUUACCUUGCCAUCACCCCAGGGUCACACGAGCUCAGGCGCUGAUAGUCCAUCUGUUAUACAGAUAAAGAGGCAAAUGAGGCUGCUUUGUAAUGUAGUGUGACCCUGUCAGACUAACGCAGACGGGGCUAACAUAGUCAGUGAAGCAGCUAGGAACCUGCAACAAAAUAAGAGGAGAUGGGUUAUAGCUCAUUAAUCUGUAUCAGCAGUUCAUUUGCGGACUAACAGAGGAAAGCUGAUAACAAAACAGCAUGGGACUUUUCCACUCUCCCUGUGCCCAACAUCUAACAAGGGGUAGAGGCCUUUGAUAUUGAAGCGACCCCUGCUCAGUCUCAUUUUUGUCAGAGGAGAACACACACACUUUGAUGUUGCAUCAUUUAUAGACCAUCAAAACAUUGUCUCUCCUGUAGUCUGUUUACACUUUGCCUUUUUCAUUUAGUCUUUCAAAGAGGAGGGCUUAAGGAAGAGGGAGGGAGGGGAUGAAGAAUGAAGAACAGGAGGAAGAGGAGUGCAGCGGGGGCAGACCGACAACGGUCAUGAGGGGUCUUCAAACAGAUAUAUUGCAGAUAUGAAGGGAGAGAAGAGGAAAAAAAAAGAUAAGGAAUAAGGAGGCAAAACUAGCCAUCAGGCUGUCGCCAUGGAAACAGUGACCUUGUGCAGAAAGUAAGAAGAGGUAGAUAUGCCUUUUCGCUUUGGUCUCUGUGCAACAAGCAUAUUUUAAUUUCCCACUGGCGGGUAGCCAAACGCAACAGAUUAUUGACAAAACUGACAUAAUGGAAUGUGUAUUUACAAACGAUUUUGAUGGGAUUCGACCUGCGCGUGACGUGACGUCAGAGCAGCAGCGUUUCAGUUAUUUCAGAUGUGAAAAUUUAACAUAAUGUCAGCUCUUACUCGCCUUAUUGAUUUCCACCUCACUGCUACCACAGCUUAUAGUAUGAGACAUAAUAAAAAGCACUUUUGCUCACAAAAGAGCUUACACUUCUCAUUAAAUGCAUGCUUUCAUUUUUAUAAAACAACAGCAGGGUGAUAAAUAAAGAUGCAACAUUUAAAGACUGGCCAUAUCAGAAACAGAAAACUAUUUAUCAUCAGCCCUUCAUUGAGUGUUAUGAAUGGAGAGAAAAAGUGCCGUCAGCGGUGAUAUCACUGAGUGAACCAUUCUUUCCCUUUCCACUGUUUUCUUUUUCAAUGCUCAAUUCCUUUUCAAUGCUUUUGGUGGCUUAAUGAUUCAAUGUUGAUGCUGGCUACAGUGAAAAAAAAAAGGUUGAGAUUUAUAUAUAUUUAAAUAUAUAUAUAUAUUUGGGGAUUAGGGUUGUGAGUAAUUCAGAAUGAAUGAAAUGUCUCUGUAUUGGUAUUCCGGAGUAAGAUGGCUUUAUUUGGAAGAUGUAUUUGAAUGCCAGAGUGAAAUUAAGACUGACCUGCAGAAUGUUGGACUUGAAAUACCAGCAGAGUGAGCUCGAUUUUUGUGCAAAACCCCAAGCCAAGGUGAUCAAAUUCUUGUGUGUUAUUCUGCCAACUGUCUAUGUAUGGGGGAGGGUUACUGUAUGUGGGGAUGUUCUCUCUCAUUUUUGGAGAGAAUAAUCAUCAAAUGGUUAAAUUUCUACAAAAAAAAAAUAUUUUCAAAAACAUAAUGCAAAAAAAAAAAAGAUCUUCAGAUCAUAAUUUUACAUGUGCUUCAAUUGUUAAAAAAAAGACAAAAAAGCAAAACAAAAAAAACAACAAAAAAAAAAACAAGAGACUGUGCUUGUAAGUCCAACUAAUUUCUCUGAGGAUGAUGUUCAAUUAUUGAUACCUGAGAUUGUAGUUCAUACUGUACAUGAAUACAAAUAAAAAUUGCAAUUCUUUUUUUUCCAA